GCCGAGAAAAACGAGCUUCGAGAUGAGAAGCAGAAGCUUAAGGCUGAAAAGGAGAAGCUAGAGCAACAACUGAAGACUAUGAGUGCGCAACCUGGUUUCUUGCCUCCUGCCAUACCUGCUGCUUUUGCCGCUCAUGGUCAAGUUCCAGGAAGCAAGCUGGUGCCAAUCAUGAGUUACCCUGGUGUUGCAAUGUGGCAAUUCAUGCCUCCUGCUGCUGUCGAUACAUCACAGGACCACGUGCUCCGCCCUCCAGUUGCUUAACUAGUGGCAGCUAAAGCCUACGAUGGCUGACUUUACUCUCCAGUUAAAUUAUUCGUCUAGUCAAUGGCCUCCGGUUGUAUUAGUUUUUGCUCAAGUUCACGUACUGUGGAUGAUCUUUUGUGACCUUUGAACUUAUAAUGGAUUAAUGCCUGGCGUUAUGUGUAAAAUCUAAUAAACUUAACCAGGAACUGACCUCUAGAUUUUACUCUGUUGGAUAUCUGUCCUGUCCUCCUUUGCUGUGGCUGGUAGGGUAGUAAUUAACCUCUGUGCUGAAAUUGAUGAUAAAGUCGCUGUUUCA